AUGUCACUACCACUCCAGCUUUCUUUUCCACUUUAUUCAGAAGAUCAAAUCCUAUGGUUGCAGUUCCUUUGCAUGGCUAUCUCUUCAAACUACACCAAAACCACAUCCACCUUGUAUAUAAACACCACCGAAACAUCCCACAACACUCAUCAAUCCUUCAUUCAAUUCAAAUCCCAAGUAAAAAUGAUCCACAUUCUCUUGCUCCUUUCUCUCUUCACCUUCACCACUCACGCAGCAGUCCAAGACUUCUGUGUCGCAGACGUAAAAUUCCCAGAAAGCCCCGCUGGAUAUGCCUGCAAGCCAGCCACAGUAGUCACAGUCGAUGACUUUGUAUCCACAGGCCUUCGUGGUUCAGGAAACCUUUCCAACAUCAUCAAAGCCGCUGUCACUCCAGCAUUCGCUGCCCAGCUGCCCGGAGUCAACGGGCUCGGGAUCUCCAUUGCCCGGUUGGACUUAGCCCCUGGUGGUGUGGUCCCAAUGCACACCCACCCAGGUGGGUCCGAGCUUUUACUGGUGACCCAAGGGUUCAUCAAGGCUGGGUUUAUCUCAUCGGCUAACACUGUUUAUGUCAAGACUUUACAGAAGGGUGAUCUUAUGGUGUUCCCACAAGGGUUGUUGCAUUUUCAAGUGAAUGCUGGUGGGGUGACAGCUGUCGCAUUUGCGAGCUUCAGUAGCGCGACACCUGGCUUACAGAUUCUUGAUUUUGCUUUGUUUGCAAAUGAUUUGCCUUCUUCGUUGGUGGAGGCGACUACUUUCCUUGAUGAUGCUACAGUGAAGAAGCUUAAGGCUGUUCUUGGUGGAACUGGCUAA